GUUACAAAACAUUGGCAGAAACGGUUUUUCGCUCCGCUGUCGGUCGCUAAUUCGGCGGAAAUUGAUUCAUUCAUAAUUAUCAAAAAAAUACGAGUGUAAAGUGCAAUAGUUAGGUGUGAUAUUAGUAGUAGUAGCUCCCAUGGGCGGCAAUGAUGAAAGUUGACUGCUGAAUUUGUGGCCGCCAACGCACACAGAUGCAGAUGCCUUGUGAAAGCACCGGAGAAGAGGAAGAGAGAGCGCGAUUUAGCAAAACUGACUAAAUUUAAGAAUUUCUCAGCAACAAGAUGCUAAAUUUAGGCAGCGCCAAAGUUGCCGCUCUGGAGGAGGCCACCUCGCCACCACCUUUCUCCAAAGACGAGAGCUUCCAGCUGUUAGAGCGCAGCCCCCACUCCACCUGCCUAUCUCCAACCUCCACUGUCCCGCUGGAGCCCCCCUUCACCACCCCCCUGGCGGCCUUCGAUAUGGAGUUGAUGAAGCGCCACAAUCUCCACGAGCGCCUAACGGGAAAGGAGAGCUUCUGGCGGGGGCGCGAGAGAUCCCAGAGAUUCCUGGACCAGGAGCAACUAUCAUCAUCGCGUGAAUCACUCAGCACCGCCGACAAGAGAGCAUGCUUUGCAGAGAGCAACGUCCCCACACUCCAACUGCCAGAAUCUGCCGAGCCAAGGGCCAAUGGCAAAAAGCCCACUGGGGACAGGACCAACCCAUCGAACCCAGCCGCUCCCCUUCUGCCAAUGACUGAUCCGGAUUUUGUGAAGGGCAAUGGAGGCGGCGUCUACGAUGAUCGCGAGUGCAGCUGCCCCAGGGAGUUCUACCAGAGGGGAGAGAUUAACAGCUCGCUGUUCUUUGAGGACUGCAUCCGCUCCAUUGACUUCGUCCUGGCCUACAGGAUCAAUUCUCACGAGCCCACAGAGCUGGAAAACACGGAAAAGCGUCGUGUUUUCGAGGCGAAUCUCAUUAGUCAGGGACUGGAGGUGGAGGCCAGUCAGAAGGACCAAAUCUGGUUCGUCAAGAUCCAUGCUCCUUUGGAGGUCCUGCGACGGUAUGCGGAAAUUCUUAAGCUGCGCAUGCCCAUGAAGGAAUCGUUAUGCAAUUUGCGCAUAUAUGAAAGAUCGAAUCGCCUACGAAAUGCGGCCCAUUACCUGACCAAUAAGAUUCCAGGAAUGUCCGUGGUUAACCGAUCGACCAAAAGCGUGUUUUCUAGUCUUAAACAUGUUUUCCAAUUCUUUCUGCGCAACAUUUAUGUGGACGAGGAAAUUUUUCCAAAGCGAGCUCAUCGAUUCACCGCCAUUUACAGUCGCGAUAAGGAAUAUCUCUUUGACAUCCGACAGGACUGUUUCUUCACCACCGCCGUUCGUUCCCGCAUCGUAGAGUUCAUCCUAGAUCGCCAGCGAUUUCCUGCCAAGAAUCAACAUGACAUGGCCUUCGGUAUUGAGCGACUGAUUGCCGAGGGUGUCUACUCUGCUGCCUAUCCACUCCACGAUGGUGAAAUAACCGAGACGGGAACCAUGAGAGCGCUGCUGUACAAACAUUGGGCUUCUGUUCCCAAAUGGUAUCGCUAUCAGCCCUUGGAUGACAUCAAAGAAUACUUUGGUGUCAAAAUCGGCUUGUACUUCGCCUGGCUGGGCUACUACACCUACAUGUUGCUGCUGGCCUCGAUAGUGGGUGUCAUUUGUUUCCUAUACUCAUGGUUCUCCCUUAAAAACUAUGUGCCUGUGAAAGAUAUUUGCCAGAGUGGUAAUACAAACAUAACUAUGUGCCCUCUUUGUGAUUGGUGCAACUUUUGGGACCUGAAAGAGACCUGCAACUAUGCCAAAGUCACAUACCUCAUUGACAAUCCCAGCACCGUGUUCUUCGCCGUCUUUAUGUCAUUUUGGGCGACCCUGUUCCUGGAGCUGUGGAAGCGGUACUCCGCGGAAAUAACACACCGCUGGGAUCUGACGGGAUUCGAUGUUCAUGAAGAGCAUCCGAGACCACAGUACUUGGCCCGUUUGGAACACAUACCGCCGACCAGGGUGGAUUAUGUGACCAACAUAAAGGAGCCAACAGUUCCCUUUUGGCGCAUGAAACUUCCCGCCACCGUGUUCAGUUUUUCAGUGGUACUGCUCCUAAUUGCGCUGGCCUUUGUGGCUCUGCUGGCAGUGGUUGUAUACCGAAUGUCAAUGCUGGCGGCUCUUAAAGUGGGUGCUAGUCCCAUGACCACCUCUAGCGCAAUUGUCCUGGCCACCGCAUCAGCAGCCUUUGUGAAUCUGUGCCUGCUCUACAUACUUAAUUAUAUGUACAAUCAUUUGGCGGAGUAUCUGACAGAGCUUGAAAUGUGGCGCACUCAAACUCAGUUCGAUGACUCGCUGACCCUUAAAAUUUAUCUGCUGCAGUUUGUCAACUAUUAUGCCUCCAUUUUUUACAUUGCUUUUUUUAAGGGCAAAUUCGUGGGUCAUCCGGGGGAGUAUAAUAAACUUUUUGAUUAUCGCCAGGAGGAGUGCUCUUCCGGCGGCUGCUUAACAGAGCUGUGCAUCCAGUUAGCCAUUAUAAUGGUGGGCAAGCAGGCAUUCAACACGAUUCUUGAAGUGUAUCUUCCCAUGUUCUGGCGAAAGGUUUUGGCCGUUCAGGUCGGCCUGUCGCGACUUUUUAACAUCACCCCGAACCCAGACAAGACGAAAGACGAACGCUGGAUGCGGGAUUUCAAGCUACUGGAUUGGGGUGCCCGAGGUCUGUUUCCAGAGUAUUUGGAGAUGGUCUUGCAGUACGGCUUUGUAACUAUAUUUGUGGCCGCUUUUCCCCUGGCACCAUUCUUUGCCCUACUAAAUAAUAUUCUGGAAAUGCGUCUGGAUGCAAAGAAACUAUUGACCCACCACAAGCGUCCAGUAUCACAAAGAGUUCGAGAUAUUGGAGUGUGGUAUCGGAUCCUGGACUGCAUAGGCAAACUUAGCGUGAUCACAAAUGGAUUCAUCAUUGCCUUUACCUCUGACAUGAUUCCGCGUUUGGUGUACCGGCAUUACGUGAACAAGAACGGCACUCUCGAUGGUUACCUCAACUUUACGCUAUCAGAGUUCAAGGUCGCUGAUUCACCCACCUUGUAUAGCUUAGCUGGCGAUCUCUCCAACAUAACAACGUGCAGAUACACAGACUUUCGACUUCCACCAUCCUCUCCAGAAAAAUACACGUUGAGCAGCAUGUUCUACAUAAUUCUGGCCUGCCGAUUGGGUUUUGUGGUUGUCUUUGAAAACUUUGUGGCACUGGUGAUGAUUUUGGUGCGUUGGUGCAUUCCGGACAUGAGCGUGGAACUGCGCGACCAAAUCCGACGGGAAGUGUAUGUGACCAAUGAAAUUAUCAUCGAGCAGGAGGCCCACCGUGCUCGUUUUGAGCGCGCCAAGCGCAGCAGUUCGGUGCUCCAGACGCCAGUUGACCAGGACAUGGACGCUGCCUCCAUUCAAGAGCCCAAUGCCAAGUUCAUUAACAUUGAAAAGCUCCUUAAUGAAAACCUCACCCAGAUCGAAAUGGAUGCUAUCAUACACGGCGAAAAUGCAAUAACAGGAAUUUCCGGUGCAGAUUGCUUAGACGAAGUGCACAAAAAACUCAGCGACUAAGUUUAAUAUCAUUUAAAGUGAUUAUUUGUGUUACGGAUGUUCCUUUCAGUCACUUAACUCAACCUUAGGUUGUGACAUCACUUUUAUCAUUAUUUAGUUAUCCGUAGCAAUUUGUUUGCUACUUUGUGACAAGCUUUACUCAUGCCUUAUUUAUUUGUAUGAGCCCUGCAAUUGUUAUAUAGGUUAUCCAAUUUUACGAUCUGUUAAUUGAAGACGAUUUAUUUAGUGGCUCAAUCUUAUAUUAAUGCAGCCCAAGUGAGUGCCAAUCUGUAAACGAGCACACUGAAUAAGCUUUUAAAAAUUAUUGAACAUGACGAAAUGUAUAAAGUAAUCUCUCACUGGUGUUAAAUAACUCAGGCUCUCAAAUGACGCGUACAUGAUCAUUUAUUUUAGAUAGCGUAACAUAUAUAAAUGUAUUUAUUGCAUUCAUUAAACCGUAUGUAUAUUGAUGUUGAUA